GCGGCGCAUCUGCUGUUGCCCCGGACACCAUUGCAGGCACGCACUCCGGCUGAAGCGCCCCGCACUAGCUCACAAAGCUCAAGCCUUUCGCUCGCUCCCGGCUACAUCUGCAAUGGCGCGCUUCCAGCUCGCGGCCCUGGCCCUGGCCAUGCUCUUCGCCGCGGCGGCGGCCCAGGCCCCGGCCGCCACCCCGACGCCGGCGCCCAGGGCGUCCCCCCCGCCGGCGACCCCUCCGCCGACCCCGGCGCCGGUUUCCCCGCCCGCGCAGGCCCCCGCCAUCCCUCCUCCGGCCCCGGGGCCCGCGACCCCGGCCCCCGCCCCCGAGGCCUCCGCCCCGGCGCCGGCUGAGGCCCCCACCCCCGCGACGAGCUCCCCGCCGGCGCCCGCCCCCAUGGCCCCCUCCCCGUCGCCGACCAGCGACGUGCCCCCGCCCCCCAGCGCCGCCGCCGGCGUCUCCCCCGCCGCCAAGUGGGCCGCCGCCGCCGCCGCCGCCGCCGCCGUGGCCGCCGCCUUCUACUGAGGAGGGAGGACCCCCGCGCGCCGCGCCCCGCGGUGCUGUAAUCUAUUGCUAUCCGUGUUGAAUUUUUCUUUUUCUCUCACAAUUUUUUUCCCUUUCUUUUUGCUUCCACAUUCCAUUCGGCAUUCGAUUCGGUAGGAGAGAGAUCUGUGCGCGUUGCUGCUGCUGCUGCAGUCAGUAUAGGAUCGUGGCUUGGACAGAUUGGUUGGUUGGCUGCCCCCGGUGGUGUUGUGAUCCCCCAUUUGUAUAAUCCCCUGUUAAUUUAUCUUCAGCUGCUCUUCAUCUA